GACAUCGAGCAUCUAGUGGCUUUUACAGUGGGGAGACGACUGAUAGUGCUGGACGGGAUGAGAGAUUAGUUUUUGUUUUGUUUUUUAUCGAAGCUUUACCGGAAAGAUAUCGUAUCGUUAGUCCUGGCAAAUCAAAAUGUACACCCCUGUCCGAACAUGGCUUCUCCUCCUGGUUCUUCACACGUUGGCUCUUGUUGUUUUAGCAAGAAGAGAGAGGAAAAAUGUCCUUUUCAUCAUGGCAGAUGAUCUGCGGACAUCAUUGGGCUGCUACGGGGACUCUGUGGUAAAAUCGCCCAACAUUGACCAACUGGCAUCCAAAAGCCAAGUUUUUCUCAAUGCAUUUGCACAACAAGCUGUGUGUGCUCCCAGCCGUGUAUCUAUGUUGACGAGUCGAAGGCCAGACACGACCAGGCUCUAUGACUUCAACUCCUACUGGAGAGUUCAUUCUGGAAACUACACAACCAUGCCACAGUACUUUAAAUCUGAAGGAUACUUCACUAUGUCUGUGGGCAAAGUAUUUCAUCCAGGAAUUGCCUCAAACUACACAGAUGAUUACCCCUAUAGCUGGUCCAUCCCCACCUUCCAUCCAGCUUCGUUUGCAUAUGAGAAACAAAAGGAGUGUAAAGGAGAGGAUGGUAAACUCCAUGCCAACUUGCUGUGUGCCGUGAACGUGACAGAGCAGCCUGGAGGCAUCCUUCCUGACCUGGAGAGCACAGAUGAGGCAGUGAGGUUACUGACGAGUCGGGCCAACGAUCACGUUCCUUUCUUCUUGGCUGUAGGCUUUCACAAACCGCACAUACCCUUCAGGAUACCACAGGAGUACCUGAGCCUGUAUCCCAUAGAGCAGAUGAGUCUGGCCCCUGACCCCAAUGUCCCUAAACUCCUUCCACCUGUGGCCUACAACCCCUGGACGGACGUGAGGAGGAGAGAUGAUGUCCACAAACUCAACAUUAGCUUCCCCUAUGGACCAAUUCCUAAAGACUUCCAGUUGCGUAUCCGUCAGCAUUAUUAUGCUGCCGUGUCUUAUGUGGACAGUCUGGUUGGGCGGCUGCUCAUUACUCUUGAUGAACUGGGGCUGACUGACAGCACCAUGGUGGUGUUUACCUCAGAUCAUGGUUGGUCAUUGGGAGAACAUGGCGAAUGGGCUAAAUACUCCAAUUUUGACGUGGCAACACGUGUUCCUCUCAUCUUCUACGUUCCUGGUGUCACCGCAGUCCAUGAUUGGCUGGGAGGGCCUACCUUUCCCUUUAUUGAUGUCCUCACCCAGUCGGAGCGCAGCUUUAAGAAUUUCAAAGAGAUCAAAAAUGUGGUGGAGCUGGUGGAUGUUUUUCCUACUGUCUCCUACAUGGCUGGCCUCAGAGCACCUGAACCAUGUCCUGAUAUUUCUUUCCAGGAGGAAUUGUGUUCAGAAGGAGACAACCUGGCCCACACCUUCCGACACAGAGAAAGAGGAGAGAAUGAGGAAGCCAUAGCUUUUAGCCAGUACCCUCGACCUGCUGAUACACCACAGGUGAACUCUGACCUCCCUAACCUUAUAGACAUAAAGGUCAUGGGGUACUCUCUACGCUGCUGGGACUACAGAUACACCCUCUGGCUGGGAUUCGACCCGAAAACAUAUCAGGUGAAUGUAACUGAUGUCCAUGCAGGAGAGUUGUACCUGUUAGCAGGUGACCCUGGUCAGGACAAGAACAUCUACAGUGACUCUUACCACAGUGUGAUGAUGACAAAACUGGCCAGCCUGCCUCUUACUGUGAGUCUGCGGACGAGAAUGAGGCUGCAGCUCCUCUACCUCACAGCGGGGAUGAAAACAACUAGAAGGGAGGCGUGAUUAUGAAAAUAAAACACAACAGAUGGACAGAAGGAGAUGAAGUACAAAGGGAAGAUGGAAGGAUUAAGAACUUCAACUGGGAAGGGAGACUGGAUACUUUAUUCGGUAUUUUGUGGUAUCGCCAUUAAUCUUUCAGGCCCACUUCUUCAGGCUAAUGUUCCUUGUUAAGAACUCAUUGGCAGGCAGUUCUGGUUUCAACACAGGUUUGACAAAGAACACCAUCCAUAUGUGCGCAGAAAUUUCUUGUUGGUUUGUCUUCUUGCUGCUAAACUCAAGUUCCCUUGUUUUCAUUGCCAGGCCUCCUCAUAUUUACAACUAACUCCUUUACAAAAUCAUUAAUUCACUUGUGAGAACAAAGUGUCAGUGUAUUUUACGUCACUCAAUAUACACUAAAUUAAAUAGUACGCUAAAUAUGAAGGCGGCCGUGUUGGAUGCUUUCUAAUGAGCAGGCAGUCAGCUUAGUUUAGCAUAAAGACUAGAAAGCAGGGAAGCCUGGCCCUUUAAUGCUACUUCAAUAACAUAUUUUGUUGUGCGUGCAAAAGAAUUAUAAGAGUUGAUAAUAUUAAGGUUUUGAGGAACCUGCUGCAUCUGGGUGGGAAGUUCAAGCGCUGAACUCCUUGUUAAACAACAACUUUUCACUUUUACAUUUCUGUUUGUCUGUAGUUGAGAUAAAACUUGUUAAUUAAUAAAAAUGUGAGUAAUCUGGUUGGCCAUACCAGCUCUUUCA